AUGGCGACGGUGAAGCUAACUAUGUCACGUGUGGCGACGGUGAAGCCAACGAUGUCACGUGUGGGGAUGGUGAAGCCAACGAUGUCACGUGUGGGGAUGGUGAAGCCAACGAUGUCAUGUGUGGGGAUGGUGAAGCCAACGAUGUCACGUGUGGGGAUGGUGAAGCCAACGAUGUCAUGUGUGGGGAUGGUGAAGCCAACGAUGUCACGUGUGGGGAUGGUGAAGCCAACGAUGUCACGUGUGGGGAUGGAUGGUGAAGCCAACGAUGUCACGUGUGGGGAUGGUGAAGCCAACGAUGUCACGUGUGGGGAUGGUGAAGCCAACGAUGUCACGUGUGGGGAUGGUGAAGCCAACGAUGUCACGUGUGGCGACGGUGAAGCCAACGAUGUCACGUGUGGGGAUGGUGAAGCCAACGAUGUCACGUGUGGGGAUGGUGAAGCCAACGAUGUCACGUGUGGCGACGGUGAAGCCAACGAUGUCACGUGUGGGGAUGGUGAAGCCAACGAUGUCACGUGUGGGGAUGGUGAAGCCAACGAUGUCAUGUGUGGGGAUGGUGAAGCCAACGAUGUCACGUGUGGCGACGGUGAAGCCAACGAUGUCACGUGUGGGGAUGGUGAAGCCAACGAUGUCACGUGUAGGGAUGGUGAAGCCAACGAUGUCAUGUGUGGGGAUGGUGAAGCCAACGAUGUCAUGUGUGGGGGAUGGUGA